AUGCUUAACACCACGCAGAAUACAUUUGUCUUCUUGUAUUUUGACUGGACUGAGCGUGGGAUUUGUCUAAAAGUCAGCGUGGGGCAGAGUGGUGUGUGGGGGGUGUCAGGAUUCAACAGAACUGCGCUCUACAGAGUCGGUACUUCUGAAUAUGGAAAAGUCACUGGCACCGAGUGGAGAGCUGUGAACACCCCGCUACCACUGCAGCAGAUCAGCGCUGGUGAAAGCAUGGUGUGGGCAGUAGCCAUGGACAAGAGUGCCUGGUUUAUCUACGGCAUCGACCAGAACAGACCACAGGGCAAAGAGUGGCGCCGCGUGCCGGACCGCCUGCUCCAAGUGGACGUCAUGGACGAGUACCCGACCGUGUGCGCUGUAGACAAGAACGCCGUGGUUUACAUCAGACCUCGCAAUGGCUUCUAA